AUGGCAAAAAUACUCCUUAUCUUGCUGGCGAUAUACAUUGCCAUGUUCCUGGUCGCUCUGGAUCGCUUGAUCGUGGCGACAGCAACUCCUCAGAUCACCGACCACUUCCAUAGCACCAACGACAUCGGUUGGUAUGGAAGUGCCUACAUGUUGACAUCAUCCGCCGCCCAGCUCGUUUACGCCCGCAACUACACCUUCUACCCGACAAAAUGGGCUUUUCUUUUCUCCAUCGUGAUCUUCGAGAUUGGUUCCGCUAUCUGUGGUUCUGCUCCUACCUCCCUCGCGCUCAUCCUGGGCCGCGCUAUCGCAGGCUUGGGGACUGGAGGUAUCUCCUCCGGAGCUGUCAUCAUCAUCGCACUUACGGUACCUCUGCACCUGCGGCCGGCAUUCCAAGGAUUUGCGGGUGCUAUAUUCGGUAUUGCCUCCGUACCCGGGCCAAUCUUGGGGGGUGUCUUCACUACAGAGGUCAGCUGGAGAUGGUGCUUCUACAUCAAUUUGCCUUGUGGUGGGGCCGCACUGGUUGUCAUCUUUUUCCUGCUGGAUGUUCCGCCGCCUAAGAAUGGAAACUGGACUCUAAAGCAGAAGAUCGAUCAGCUCGACCCAAUCGGGAACCUCUUUAUGGCUCCUGCUGUGGUCUGUCUGCUUCUGGCCCUCGAGUUGGGUGGUUCCAGCUAUAGCUGGAGCAACUGGCGCAUCGUCUUCCUCUUCAUAAUGUUCGGCGUUCUGUUCUCGAUUUUCAUCUUCGUCGAGCACCGCCUUCAGGAAAGGGCAAUGGUGCCUCCCCGUAUCUUCAAACAGCGCUCCGUCCUUGCAGGGACCGUUUGGACCAUGUGCUCCAGUUCAGGAAUGAUGGUCAUGCUUUACUAUCUUCCCGUCUGGUUCCAAGCGAUUAAAACCGUCGAUGCUGAAGAAUCCGGGAUCAUGAACCUGCCCCUUGUUCUAUCCAUGGUGGUCGGCUCCAUCGGUUCCGGCAUCCUCGUCACCCUGCUCGGCUACUACAACCCAUUCAUGUUCGCCGGGGCCUUCUUCAUGGCCAUCGGAUCCGGGCUGCUGACCACAUUCCAUCCGGAUACCGGCCACUCAAAAUGGAUCGGAUAUCAGAUUAUCUUCGGGCUGGGCCUGGGUCUCGGUGUCCAGCAGGCCAACAUUGCCGUGCAGACCUGUUUAGCGCCAGCCGAUAUUCCACUCGGUGCAUCGCUCCUCAUGUUCUCGCAGCAGCUGAAUGGGGCUAUCUUUCUGGCGGUUGCGCAGACUCUCUUCUCAAACUUUCUCGGCUCCAAUUUGGGUAGCAUCGAGGAAAUAGAUGCGGCGCAGGUCAUUGCCGGUGGUGUGACUGCCAUCCCAGAAUUGGUGCCUGCUGCCAAGCUGGCAGAGGCCCUUGAUGGGUACAGCAACGCUAUCACGAAAACGUUCAUCCUGGCUGUCGCCAUGUCUUGUCUGGCUCUGCUCCCGGCCCUCGCGAUGGAAUGGAGAAAUGUCAAGCGCCCUACGCAAGCCCAUGAGAUUUUGGAAGAAGAGAUGCAAAAGAGUGCAAACAAGGGAUAA